ACGGGUAUACUGCUUCUCCUCAGCCUGCUGCACAAUCUUCAUCUUAUUCAAUCUUUUGCUUAUCCUAUAGUGAUGUUAUACUGUAGUCUCCGGUUUACAGCGAGCAGUGAUCUCACCGUAUGCACUGAUAAGACAUACUGUGCCACUAACGUCCACAUGAGAGCUGCAGAUCUACACUUCUACAGACCAAGCAAUCCUGGAGGAUAGAAGACUUUAUUUGGGAACGGGAGGGUUUCCCUGCGACACAUAAAUCUGUACUUUGCAGAAUUUCGAGCGUCAUCGUGGAAACAUUUUGGUGCAGGGGACCCAGAGGAUACUACUACCACUGCUUGCAUUCGCACAAAGAAGCGCGUCCGCUUGGAUUUGAGCCGCAGUCCACUUCACACCAACUGCAUUGCCACACAGCUGUGAAAGAAAAAUGUAUCUAUGAUGAAACUGUGCGCCGGCAGCUUUUCUUAUGAACUCUUCCGUGGAUCUACACACUUACAUCCACAAGUGGAGCGUUUUUUUUCUGCCACUCGGGUACAGAUUAUAUCACUUCACAACUACCAUGGGACAACGUGGAGAGCUUACUGGAGGAAAUGUUGCCCGUAGAAGUGCAGUGAGAGAGCAGCCCAGUGACUUCCAGAGGGCACCUGCAGACGAGUGAAUGCCGUCUCCGAUGUGGAGCUUGUCGCUGUCCGACGCGCGAGUGGUGCUGAAAUUUGGAUGAUGCCUGGCCAGCGACUGCAAGGCUGCCGCUCCCUGCACCUCAACGAGGACAACGGCCGCUUCGCGCUGCUCGCCGUCCUCAUCAUACUGUACCUGCUGUGCGGCGCUGCGGUCUUCUCGGCUAUAGAGAGGCCCUCUGAGCUGCGGGCUCACGGCCGCUGGAACGGGACGCUCCUGAACUUCAGUGAGACCUUCAACAUCAGCCUGCAGGACCUCAACUCCUUCCUGCGGGAGUACGAGGCUGCCAUCGCCGCCGGGAUCCGGGCUGACGCUCUGAGGCCACGAUGGGAUUUUACAGGGGCUUUUUAUUUUGUUGGAACUGUGGUGUCGACUAUAGGUUUUGGGAUGACGACACCUGUGACAGUUGCAGGGAAAGUGUUCCUGAUCUUUUAUGGACUUCUUGGAUGUGCUGCCACCAUCUUGUUCUUUAACCUCUUCCUGGAGCGCAUCAUCACACUGCUUGCUGUGGUUAUGAAGGCUGUGAGGGAGCGGCGAAUUAGGAACAGCGGUAUACUCCCGCCAGGCAUCCGCCAUGACUUCUCAGCCUACUCCCUCCCAGGCUGGAAGCCCUCUGUGUACCAUGUGAUGCUGAUCCUUGGCUUGUCCGCCAUCACUAUCUCCUGUUGCGCAUCAGCCAUGUACACCCCAGUGGAGGGUUGGGCUUACUUAGACUCACUCUACUUUUGCUUUGUCACCUUCAGCACCAUUGGCUUUGGGGACUUUGUCAGCAGCCAAAGUGCGGCUUACGAAUACCAAAGCCUCUACAGGGUGGCCAACUUCCUCUUCAUGUUAAUGGGUGUGUGCUGCAUCUACUCCCUCUUUAAUGUCAUCUCUAUUGUCAUCAAGCAGGUGCUAAACUGGAUGCUGGAGAAAAUGAGCUGCAUGUUUUGCCAGCGCUGCAAUAAAGCUAGCGCCCUCCUGGGCAGGCGCAAUGCCAUCCGCCCAGGCUCUAAGAGUCGCCAGGGUCGUUUUGUCCAGCAGCCCGACUCAGAUGGACCUUGUGAUAGUGACACUGAGGGACGCAGACUAUCAGGGGAGAUGAUCUCUAUGAAAGACUUGGCAGCCUCGAACAAGGUGUCACUGGCCAUCAUGCAGAAGCAGCUGUCUGAGUCAGCCAAUGGAUAUCCCAGGACAGUCUGUGGAAGCUCACGCCAUAAUGGAUUCUCUGGGGGGGUUGGCGCCCUUGGUAUUAUGAACAACAGGCUGGCAGAGACGAGUAACUCCAGAUAGACACAGUGAGACGGGAAACAAAGUAUGGGAGCUCUUUAUCUGCAUACUGCGUAACAAACUCUGAGGUUGGACGCCAUACAAAAAAAUACACAACUUUUGGAUUGCCAAUGUAACUUGUUAUGCAUGAUACAUAUGAUUUUUUUGGAUACUUUUGGUUGGAAUUACAAGCCUGUGGUGAUAAUACAGGUAACGACGGUGAUGUUUUUAGCGAUGAUUCGAUGACGAUGGCAUGAAGAGAGAACAAAAAAGCGCAAGUUGGUCUGGAAGCGUGGGGACCACCAGUCACCAAUUUCAUUAACUUCAAACCCAACCCAGAACAAAUCACUGAAAGUCUCUUAAAUAUCAGUGUUAGUCUGCAGAGGAAUUAUUCUGUCAUUCACGCUCAAUAUAUCAGACUUAUACGACUGAAAUGACUGAUUGUUGUGCUAAAAAGAGCCGAGGGAAGCAUACAAUGUAUUGUUUUGGGGCUUCGCCAGUUUAUUUGAGUGUAAAUAUUGAAUGCUGAAAUGUAAUCACUAAAUGAUAUAGCACAUACUGAUCUAUGCAUUAUACUUCUCAUGCAUUUUUGCACCAUUUCUAGGCCUUCCAUUGAUUGUGCAAACCCCUUUUUUUUUAUUGGCAUGGGUCAAGUUUUACCCUCAGGUGACUGAUUUCAUUUCCAGGGGGCAAGUGUAGGAAGUAGAGUUUAGCUACGCUUGGCUGUGAUGUAGCUGAUUUUGACUGCCAUACUAACAGGCUACAAAGAGUAAUUUCCCAUAGCUUAAGAUUUAAAAAAAGAGCAGCGUUGAAGAAUGAAAAUCCAUUUCUCGGGAGAGAGGAACUGGCCUUCUUAUCAGCUCAGAAAAUGCUUCAGUGGCCAAAGACUUUGACUUAAAGGGUAAAAGAAGGCACCUUCCAACUCUCUUCUCUCUCAAGCUUACAGCUGUCUGCAAAGAAAACAAAUGAUUUGUGUACUGGUAGAACACUUGUGUACUGG